AAAAAAAUUGAAUAAACAAAUUUUUAUUGAUACAUCCAAAUAUAACCUUUUUAUCUUUUAUAUGAAUAAAACUAUCCUUUCUAUUAAAACUUGAUCAUAAUCCUCUUAUCUUUGUGAUAGUCAAAUUUUGAUGAUAUAACUUGCCUAAUCUUCAAACAACAGGAUGAAAGAUAACAACAGAAUUUCUUCAAAGUGGGACAUUGUUAAAAGAUCUCUGAGCCAAACCACUCGCGAUUUUUUGGGAAUAUCACCUAGCUGCGAUCCUAUCCAGGAUUUUUCACUACGUAGACUCAGGUUAGCUUCAAGGAGAUGCGGUCACCUAAAAUGCCCGGCCAAGAUUGACGUAAAUAAAUUUGAUCAAGUCGAUUAUCCGAUCAUUGAUCAUAGAACUGAUGAAGAUGGCAUUAAAUAUUCCGAAAAAUUAAGGAAUAUUAAUAUAGAAAAGCAGCCCACUUUGUCAAAAAGUAGUCUCGAUUAUAGAGAGAACCAAAAGUUGGACGUGAUUAGAAAGCUUAGUAGGCGGCAAUCGGUAGCCGAAAUAGCAUGGGAUGGACUAAAGAACUUGAGAGAAAGAUUGCGCGAUGAUAGGAAGAUAGACACUUCUACUACCGCUAAGCACCCGUUUAUAUAUCGCUCUUUUAGGAAUGAACCUACCAAUUUAGUAUGUAGGACUAGAAGUUUUACUCCUAGUUCUUUAAAUGAUUUUAGAAAACCUUCAAGCGACCAAACAACCCCAACUACAAUUGUAACUCCUGUCGAUGUGGCUGAUGGUUUGGAUAUGAGGCGCCUGGAAAAGGGUACUUUACCCGCCGAUUCAUCUUACAUAAGUGACGAGGUAUUUUUCGAUUACUCACCAACUAUUGGAAAUUUAUCUCAAACUCGACAUCCAAUUAAUGAUAGUACUAAAAAGAUCGUAGAUAUCAAAGCACAAAUAUAUAAAAGGGCCUUAGGAAGCAUUACCUUUUCAGAGCCACCAGAACGGUAUAAACACUACGAGCCCUACCAUCCCAGACAUAUUGCGGAAGGAGACAAAAUUACUUAUUCGAAACCCAAACCAGAACAUUUAGCUUUCAGCGGCAUGAAGAGAAUCGGCAAGGACGUCAUUCAUAAAGUCAUGAGCAAAUCAUCCGAACUUAAUAAACGAUACAUAGGUCAGGGUAUGCUUAUGGACCUUAUCAAUGAUUCCGGGUACAACGCGACUAAAAUAUGGGAAGACCCAAAUUUGGUGGAGAGCAUCAAGAGGCUAGAAGAUUACCGGCCUUUUUUUACUUACUGGAUAACAACGAUUCAAAUAAUAGUCACCAUCGCCGCCCUCAUCAUAUAUGGUAUAGGCCCCUGGGGUUUUGGUCUUAGACAACACGAGAAGAUUUUGUUAAAAACAUCGCUAUCUCUUGAAAAGGCAGGUUUUUUAGAACCUGAAAAUUUUUGGGUCGGCCCGACUCCGUUUUCAUUGAUCCAUUUAGGCGCUAAAUACGCUCCUUGUAUGAGGAAAGAUCCCGUUGUGUGGAAGGAAAUCGAGCUCAGGCAUGCAUCGGAAAACAAAACGGCAUGUUGUGUGCGUAGAGAUGGUUCAGGGUGUGUUCAAAGUGCGAGGGCCGAUUGUCUGGAUGUUCAAUUUUUUGAUUGGAUCAAGUAUUCAUCCAGCGUAGGAACAGUGUGUGGUCAAGAUCCAAACUAUUGUGAUAAUCCAAAAUCUACACACUUGAGACCUUGGCCCAACGAUUUAACGCUCUGGCCCGUUUGCAAAAGUAAAUCAAAGAACGAACACGUGAUGACAUCUAAAAAGGAAGAUAACAGUAGAUACGGUUUAGAGAAUGACGAGACAUCCUAUCUAUUACCGCCACACAUGAGCUGUGACAUUAUCGGUAAACCAUGUUGCAUAGGUAUCCGAGGUGUUUGUAUAGUGACCACGCAAUCGUAUUGCUCAUUUGUUAGAGGCCACUUUCACGGGGAGGCUAAUCUCUGUUCCCAAGUCGAUUGUCUAGCAGAUGUUUGCGGCAUGCUACCCUUUUCGACAACUUUACCCACUCCUCAAUCUAAAAAACAUGGUGUAUUGCAAUACCGACAACAAAUGGUAUUCAAAAUCGUCAAAAUUCCUGACCAGAUAUACAGGCUUUGGAUAUCCCUUUUUCUCCAUGCCGGUCUCCUUCAUCUAUGCAUCACUGUGAUUUUUCAACUCACUCUGAUGAGAGAUUUGGAGAAGUUAUGCGGUCCUCUCAGGUUAGGUGUCCUAUAUUUUGUCAGCGGUAUGGGCGGAAACCUGGGUAGUGCUAUAUUUUUACCCGACCGAGCCGACGCUGGUCCUUCGGGCUCCCAAUUUGGGGUAUUAGCGUGCUUGCUGGUCGAAUUGUUUCAAGCUUGGCAAAUUCUCAAGUCACCUUCCCUGGCUCUCAUCAAAAUGCUUUUCCUCUACACCCUCUUGAUAUUGCUAGGCUUCUUGCCAUGGAUAGACAACUAUUCCCACGUGUUCGGCUUCGUUUUCGGGUUUUUGAUGUCAUUUUGUCUCAUGCCCUACUUGACUUUCGGACAUUUCGAUAAAAGACGCAAGCUCGUGACACUCAUCCUUUCGGCUAUAGGUGUCGUGUGUCUAUAUACGGGUCUUUUCAUCGUUUUCUACGGCUACCCCGAGGCCUCAUACUCCUGCAAAAAUUGUAAAUAUUUUGAUUGCAUACCGCUGGAACCCAAUUUUUGCAACAAUCACGAAAUUUUGAUCAAUCUAUAAAUAAACCGAAUAAAAGCAAACUUCGCAAAUGUGAUAAUCACAGUCUUCAAAGAAAAGGCAAAUCGAUAACCAGUCAUUAUAAUAUUAUUUUUUGCUCAAUCAAAAAGGAUCCCAAUUAUAAUAUAUUUAUUUAUAAUUUAUUGACAAAUCAUAUUUUACAAGACCACUACCUUUUCAAUAAAUCCUAUUUUUGUUUAAACGUUAUACAAUAAUAUUUAAUAUUAUUAUUUUUUUCAAACAUUAUACGACCUUUUGAUAAUAUCUUAACUUUUU